GUGACGUUUUGCUGGUUACGACUUGGUAUAAGUCGUUCUUUUUGUACACUUGUCUGAUAACUAAAGAUCGUGACGCCACGUCAUCCCAUCUGAUCAGGAAAAAGUAUCAAGCAACAAAGUCAAUUAUAUCUUUGUGCUUUAGCUCACCUGCGAAGCGAACAAAGAAUCUCUCUCUCUCUCUCUCUCUUUUUCUCACGUGAGAACUGUCUGCGUCAUGGCUCCAGCGGAGGUGAUAAUCAUCGACCUAGUCUUCAUAGACGGCGAACUCGGGAUGGUGAAGCUGACUGCCGACGGAGUUCUAGAGGCGAUCGAGUACGGUGAACCCAGCCGUUACUGGACGGUGAAGAAAGACGUUCUUGGUUUCGUCGUCGAAGGCAAAAAGAUAAGAAUAAAGACGGUUGUGGAGAGAGAGGAAGGCAUCUGUUGCUGUGAGUUCGGUGGAGAUGGAGAUUACUCCAGGAGAGACUUCGUCUUUGAGCCUUUCUCUGAAGAUGCUAGAAACAGAUUCUGCUUCAGGCUCCGCCGAUACCUUGACUCUCUCGGUCGGCCUAAGAGAUUGCUUGUGUUUGUGAACCCUUUUGGCGGGAAGAAAUCUGCUAUGAAGAUAUUUGAAAAGGAAGUGAAGCCAUUGUUUGAAGAUGCUGACAUUCAACUUGAUGUUCAAGAAACCAAGUAUCAGUUGCAUGCAAAGGAAAUGGUUAGGUCAAUGGAUGUAUCAAAAUACGAUGGUAUUGUUUGUGUCAGUGGCGACGGUGUCCUUGUUGAGGUUGUAAAUGGACUACUUGAAAGAGCAGACUGGAAAACUGUCUUCAAAUUGCCAAUUGGAGUGAUCCCUGCAGGAACUGGUAAUGGCAUGAUAAAGUCAUUGUUGGAUCCGGUUGGGCUUCACUGCUGUGCAAAUAGUGCUACUAUCUCCAUUAUCCGAGGUCAUACACGUUCUUUAGAUGUGGCAACUAUCUCACAAGGGACUACCAAAUUCUUCAGCGUCUUGAUGCUUGCUUGGGGUUUAAUAGCUGAUAUAGACAUUGAGUCAGAAGAGUUCAGAUGGAUGGGCAGUGCUCGCCUUAACUUCUAUGCUGUUCAGAGGAUAAUGUGUUUAAGACAAUACAAUGGACGUAUUCUGUUUGUGCCGGCCCCUGGGUUUGAAAGCCACGGACAGCCAGGCAGUUUCAGUCUAUACAAAGAGCCAACUGUUAGCAAUAAGGCGGUUGGGUACCAGGGACCUGAUACUGAGUUUGAAGAUCUGGAAUGGAGAGAAAUCAAAGGCCCUUUUGUUUCAGUGUGGCUUCAUAAUGUGCCCUGGGGUGCUGAAGACACUCUGGCUGCUCCGGACGCAAAGUUUUCUGAUGGCUUCCUGGAUUUGAUAGUCUUGAAAAACUGCCCUAAGCUAGCUUUGUUAUCAUUAAUGACACAGAUAAGUGAGGGAACACAUGUUCAAUCACCAUACGUAGCAUAUCUAAAGGUGAAGGCAUUUGCACUUGAACCGGGUGCACUCGUAGGUGAACCAGAGAAAGAAGGAAUCAUAGAUGCAGAUGGAGAGGUAUUGGCAAGGGGAAGAAGAUCGUAUAAAUGUGAGCAAAUUUCUUUGAUGUCUUACGACAAGCUUCAGAUAACUGUUGAUCAAGGUUUAGCUACUCUCUUCUCUCCUGAGUAUUGAUUAUGUGAGAGAUGAAGAAGACACAUCACAAUUCAUAAAAACACUGAUUGUCAUUUUGUUUAAUCUCUUAUUGUAAAUGGUCUUCCCUUGUGUUUGUGUAAUUUAAUUAUUUCACAUGUACAGAUAGAUAUAUUAUUUGGAAAUGAGAAUCACAGUUGUUUUUUG